GCUGCAGUAAGCAUUACUGUUUAUUCAAGUCUAACAUUUUCUUUUCAGCUCUCAUUUAAAAAUUAUUCAUUAAAACAUUAUUCUCUAAACGGUUUCCUUUUUAUCUUGUUCUCUUAAAUGCUUCAAGAAACUGAACUCAGAAAAGUAACAAUAGAGAAGGGUCCAUGUGACACCCUUGGUAUCAGCUUAGCUGGAGGAGUGGGCAGUCUCCAUGGCAACACACCUCUUUUUAUUGCUUCUAUGGAUACCAAUGGGCUGGCUGCUAAAACAGAGAAAUUAGAGACAGGAGACAGGAUCAUCAGCAUCAAUGAUGUGUCCACAGAGGGAAUUACUCCUGAGCACGCUGAAGACCUGCUGAAGAACGCAACCGGAACCAUCAGUCUGCUGGUACUGUCACACAGCUGUAAAUAG